AUGAAGAUUGGAUCUUAUUCAGUUGAUAUUCAAGAUGUAUUUGAUUUAAUUGAAUUAGAAAGUAAAGUUGAACACAAUUUAAUUAAAUGUGAUGUUGAUCCAAAAGAUCUUAUUAAUAACAAAUUACCUAUUGAUGCACUUAAUACGUUUACUUUCAACUCACAGAUAUGUGAGAAUACUUUUCGAAUUGCACGUUCAUUAUCAGGUACAUUUUCAUCAAAUACAAAUUUUAGUGUAAAAUCAUUUUUAAAAAGAUGCGAAAAAAUAUCAAUAAUCAAUUCAAUUAAAAAUCGUGGUGGACAAAUAGGAGAUUAUCAGUUUUAUUUUCCACAACACCAUAAAAAUCAUAAAGAUACAAUUAAUUAUUCAAUAGGACAUGUUAAUGAAUUGAAUUUGACUGAAAAUGAUAUAGAAAUUAUUAUCAAAAAUGCAUUUGAAGCAGCUCAAAAGUAUGUUGCAAUGAUUAUCGACUAUACAGUUGAUAAUAAUAGUUCCGAUGAAGAUUCUGAUGAAGAAAAUUGUUCUGAUGAAAAUGAUGUUUCGAAUGUAUUAAAUAAUGAAGAACAAUUAUCACCAAAUAAUACCGAUGAUGAAGAGGAAGGAAAUACAUUAGCAACUGAUGUUCCUGAUACAGCACAAAAAAAGUUCAAUGGUUGU